UAUAAGCGAAAUUAUGAUAGUUAAUGUAAACAUUAACAACGAUGAGAGUCUUAACGUUGGUUGCGCUUUUCGCUGUGGCGUACGCCAAGCAUGAACAAUAUCAAGGAUGGAAAUCUUACUACGUGAGACCAUCCGAUCAAACGCAACUGCGGUCUUUGACUUCAAUAGUCCAGAAGUACAAACUGGACUUCAUUAGCAAAGCAAGCGUCGGUCGCAAUGCCGUGGUGUUAGUAAAACCGCAAUAUAACGACGUAUUCCUGAGAGAACUAGCUGAUCAGACGAUUGCCUACACUGUCCAUGUCAACGAUGUUAAAGCACAAUUGGACAUUGAGGAUGCCCAACUUGAAGCAAGAAAAAGUAUUACGAAAGAUGAAGACUCUACUUCAAUAUUCGACAGAUACUUGGAACUUGAAGAGAUUGAUGCAUACCUUGCUGAUAUCGCAAAGAAAAACCCAGAUCUAGUGACUCUCCAGAACGGCACAUCGUUUGAAGGUCGUCCAAUAAAUCUUUUGAAAAUCUCGAAACCAAGUGAUGAUGAAACAGAGAAACCUAUUAUUAUUAUUGAUGCGGGUAUCCAUAGCCGGGAAUGGAUCGGUCCAUCCACUGCUUUGUAUGCGAUCAGUAAAUUAGUUGACGAGGCUAUUGAACAAGAUUUGAUUGAUGAACUUGACUGGGUCAUUCUACCCAUGGUCAAUCCUGAUGGAUAUAAGUACUCUAGAACCACUGAUCCUUUAUGGGUUAAGACUCGAUCCACGGACAAUGACGAAAAGAGCGUCGAGUGCCCCGGUGCAGACGCUAACAGUAACUUUGACUUCUAUUGGAACUUAUUUGGCACAAGCUCCGACCCAUGCGACGACAACUACGCUGGUAGCAAAGUGCACUCUGAAGUAGAAGUUCAAUACGGACAACAAAACCUAGAAGAAUUCGGUUACCGUACGGUUUUGUACAUUUCUUUACACAGCUAUGGCAGCCAGAUCCUCUACUCCUGGGGACAUGAUGGUACACUCUCCCAACAAGCCUUCGCCCUCCAAACUGUUGGCAUAUCUAUUGCGAAUGCAAUUCAACAGAAUGCUAAACCAAAUUACCCUCGGUACAUCGUUGGUAAUUCUGCUUUGGUCACUGGCCAGCAAACUUCCGGUAGCACUGUCGAUUAUCUUCAUUACAAUGGAAUACCUUUAACGUACAAUUUGGUACUUCCUGGAGUUUUGGAUAACACUAGAGGAUUCAAUCCUGAUCCUACAGAAAUUGAGCAGAUCGCAAAGGAAACCUGGGCGGGUAUUGUGGUUGGCGCCAGGAGAGCCAAAGAUUUGUUUGGAAACUGGAUUAAAUAAGUAAUUUAUUAUAAUAAAAGAUACGUUGUCCUGA